AUGAUCAAUCGCCAUGAGUUCUCCACGGUAGAAGCAGUAGAGGAAAUAGUCGUCCUGACCAAAGCCGCCGCCGUCGAGGCUGCAGCCACUCCCAAGAAAUAUGAACAAGAGACUGGCGGCGUGACUAGCGAAGAUGAGCUCAAGAAUCGAGACUUCGCGAAUUUGGUGGCCUUCUUUGCGCAGCUGGCCGAAGUGAAAUUCGAGACCUUCUUUGAAGAUGUUUCUUGGAGUUUACCCCAGCUCACAUAUCUGUUCAAAGUAAACGAUCCAGUGACUGAGCAAGACGUGCGAGUCGCCUGCAUGUGGCUGAUACAUGCACCAAUGAAGAUUUGGUCAGAUAUUGAGUUGCGCCUCAGGGAUGACGAAUUGGAGCUUCAAUAUGAGCCCGAGUUCUGGCCGAGGUGGAAGCAAUGUCUGCAAGAUCAUCAGCAGACACUGUCAGAUAAAGGCCCAGUCAACGAAACACGUGACCUUGUCAAGUGUGCUUUGGAUGGCAUGGAUAAAGUUGAAGCUACCCUGAGGGAAUAG